AAUGCUCAGGUCUACUCGACGAGAGUGCCAAUCGGGGCCCUAAUCCGUCGAGUCACAACAUCAAACCUCGAUCCUGGUUCUUCUCCGAUCUAUCUGGGGGUCUCUCUUACCUCUGACCCGACCCGACACAAUCAAUCACUCCAUGGGGGAACACAAGGCGACGACCACCACCGACGACGGCGAAUCGUCGAGGACCUCGCCAAAGUUAUUAGCUGCCGCUGAUCGGAAAUUACUCAAGGUUGAACUCCGGCGAGGCGAGACGACGUACGUCUCGUGGAAGAAGCUCAUGAAGGAGGCUACCAAGAGCUAUGCUUCUUCGGUGCCCGACACGGUUCCUCUUGCUAACCCUAAUCUCGAGUCUCACCUCAAUGCACCCGGACCACCAGCAGAAGGUGAAAUGGUCGACCAACCUCAUUCUAAUCGUUUCAACGCCGUUAUUGAGAAGAUCGAAAGGCUCUACAUGGGGAGAGAUAGUAGUGAUGGGGAAGAACUAGAUGGUGCUCCGGACGACGACGAGUAUGAUACUGAAGACUCAUUCAUUGAUGACGUUGAAUUGGAUGAGUAUUUUGAAGUUGAUGAUGCCAAAAUCAAACAUGAUGGAUUUUUCGUCAACAAAGGAAAGUUAGAACAGAUUGAACCGUCAACAACAACUACAACAACUUCAAACCAGAAACCAAAGAAAAGGCAAAGGAAAGAGUCAGCAAAACCUUGCGGCGAUGUUGUUGAUGUAUCCAGAAAACAAGGCAAGAUAGCUAAGACGGAUGUGGGAAAGGAUCAAUCAGCUGCUUCUGGGCCCUCUCUGAAGAAAAAGUCCACCGAUUCAAAGACAGUGCAGGAUUCGGUUUCUCUUUUGAAACAGCAAAGUGGCAAUGACUCAUUCUCGUUGGAAAAUGUGAAGCAUGGUGAUAAAGGGAAUCAGCUGAGAAACGCUCUAGGUCCAAGUCCGAAGUCGUCGAAGGCAGCUGAAUCUUCUUCUGGCGGUCUUCAUCUGAAGUACAGCAACAAAGUUGCUCAUCAGCAAUCUAAUUCACCACUGCCAGGGAAAUCUCGGCCAGAUGUUUUGGCUAAAUCAACACUAGUCCGCCAGAAGGAAAACACUGACAAUGCAAUAGUAAGCAGACAAUCUACUCAAACAACAAGAAAAAGCGGUUCUAACGCCAGGCCUAAAACCUCAACACUUGAGAAAGCCUUCAGGGAAUUGGAGAAGGUGGUCGCUGAAUCAAGGCCUCCUGCUGCCACUGAGAAUCAAGAUGCUGAUACCUCUUCAUCUCAAGCAGUGAAGAGGAGAUUGCCAGGAGACGUAAAAUCGAAGCUUGCUAAAGUUGCUAGGAUUGCGCAGGCGAGCCAAGGGAAUGUAUCAGGAGAGUUAAUCAAUCGUCUCAUGAGCAUUGUUGGUCAUCUAAUACAAGUUAGAUCCCUGAAGAGGAACUUGAAAAUCAUGAUUGAUUCUGGAGACUCUGCAAAUCGAGAAAAAGAUAACAAAUUUCAACGUAUCAAGAAUGAAGUUAUUGAGAUGUUGAAAGCACAGGUUACAUUGAUGGAAGCCCAGGCAACCAAUCAAGAAGCUGGAACAUCAGACGAUUUUCAGGAUGCUGGUCCACCUGCGAAGAAGAAGUUCGUCAUGGAUGCAGCGAUGGAGGAGAAAUUAUGUGAUCUAUAUGACAUCUUCGUUGAUGGAUUGGAUGAAGAUUCAGGUCCACAUAUCAGAAAGCUUUAUGCAAAUUUAGCUGAACUCUGGCCAAACAGGUUAAUGGACAAUCAUGGGAUCAAGCGUGCCAUUUGCCGAGCAAAGGAGAGACGGAGAGCAUUGUUUGAAAAUCAUGGCAAGGAGAUGCUCUUUUCUUAUUGCAAGGGUCAAGGGAAGAUAACGAAGAGGAAACAGACACUACCAAAACCAGAGGGUACUACUUAUCCUGAGAAGGCUUCGAGUGCUGGAGAUAAAACAACAGGUGUUGUUGUACCAAGCGCAACCACCACGUCCUUAGUCACCACUCAACCUACAGUGGACAAGUCAAAGCAGCAACAUGAGAAACUAAAGGGAUCCUCGAGCUCUUCAGCAGAAGCAAAGGCAGCCAGAAGAAAGACAGAAAAGAGUGUUGAAGAAUCUCAUCAGCUGUCCAGAGAGAAAGAUAUUGUUCUGGCUCUUAAGCAGCAGACACAGGCUCCCCCGGACCUGAACCUGCCAAGUUAAAGCACUCCGGCUUAGUUUCUGUAGUCGAAGCCUGGCUCUAGCCUUGCCUUUGUUUGUAACUUUAACGUAUCUUCUAAUUUUGCGUCUAGUCAUAAUUUUUCUAGUGUAUUUUCUUUGAAGAAAGAGAGGAAGUCCUCUCCCCUGUGUACAAAUUAUAAAGAUUUAUUUUUAAGAAGAAGCUCAGUUUUCUUUGCUA